ACAGUACAUGUACCGUAUACGAUACACACACAACAACUUAAGCCAAUCUCAGACUCUCCAAUUUUCGGAGUUGUUUUAGGGUUUGUUUAACAGCUUUCCUGCGUCGACGAAAUCGGGUUUGAUUUCAUCAUGGAGCCAGGCCCGACUAGUGGGAAUCAGCUAAACAGGCUACUUAGCGGUGGAGAUGCCUCACAAAUUUUAAAGAACAUGUUGAAUGUUGGAAAACCAAAUCAGUCGAACAACGGGGGUGUUGGAUCUGGAUCCGGAGCAUCGCCACAAAAUGUGUCGGAUUUGUCAUCUCAAGCCAACAGAGGUGACCCUGCUGUCAUGAAUGCCAUGCCAAGCCAGUCUGCCAAGAACUUACUACCUGAUGCUACAGCACUAGCAGACAUCAUGUCAACGGAUAAGAAAGUCCAACAGAGCAUUGUCCUAGAAGGUGAUGACCGUGGAGGGUCAGUUCCUAUAUAUGGACGUGAGGUUGACAUUACACCCAGCUUAGCAUCGUGUGUUGAUAGCCCUAUCCCAGGUAGCAAUAAGGUAAAGAUUACACCUGUUGUGAACUAUGAAUGGGAGGCCAAAUAUUACUUUGGAAACCUAGUAGCCGUCAACAAUACCUUCCUUGUCUAUGUGCUGAGAAUACAAUCUGGUUAUGGCCUGAGGAUUCUCAACAGACGCAGCACAGUCAGGGCGCUGUUGAAAGGAUUUUCUUGCAUCAUCGUUGACAUUGCUUUUGCGUUUCACAACGCAGAUAUUCUAGGCUGUGUUGACCAGCGUGGAAAUCUCUCUGUUUGGCACAUCAAGGAAGAAGGCGGUAAAAUAACCUACGAACCAAAGAUCCAGGUGAAACGUAGCUUACCGCCAAGUGACUACCAUCGUAUCGUCUGGUGCCCUUACCUUCCAGAUGAUUUAUCUGACGAGGAGCUUCCUAAUGAGUGGAGCAAUCUCCUUGCAGUCUCACACGGUGAAAAGGCUGAGCUCUGGGACAUUUCAGUAGUUGCUAGUGAGCUAGGCACCGAUGAAAUCUUGUAUGAGCAGGUUUCUAAUGGACUGAUCAGAAUCAACGGCCAUACAAAGGCAAUCACGGACAUGGCAGUGUCUCCCGACGGGUCAGUCUUGGCCAGUGCCAGUAUGGAUGGCACCGUCAGAUUCUGGCAGAUGUAUUGGGAGGUGUCCGAGGACCCACCAAGAUGCCUUCAUCAGUUUGCUCCCCAUGAUGGUGAACCGGUCAUGUCUCUACUAUUCUGUGAUAAUCACAAGCAACAAGAUGCAAGCUUGCCAUUCUGGCGGUUCCUCAUCACCGGUGCAGAACGGAACCGAGAGCUGAAGGUUUGGUGCACCGUCCAGUGGACCUGUUUACAGAAGAUCCGCUUUGGAUCCUCCCCAAACGAUAUCCAGCCGUGUCUCAAGGUCAAGCUUGAUCUCAGCGCCAGCUUCCUCAUGGCUACUGACCUCAGGAGGAAGGUUUUGUACGUAAUUCAGUUGUACCAAGAACAUGAAGAAGGGCGAGCUCAUUUCAGUUCAGUAACAGAAUUCCUGUUGAUGCAACCGAUGCUAAGUUUCGCCAUCGUUGAUGCUGGACGAUGCCGGGCCAAGCAAACACAAGAGGAGGUUGAAGAUGGCGAGGAGCUCCAACCAGGUGAAUUUGAGGAAGUAUCCCCUGGAGAGGAUGGUGAUAGGGUGGACAACGGUCAAGCAGUUAGUGUCCUGGUCAAGAUGUUCUGUGUCUUUUCAAGGGCAUUACAAGAACUACAGAUUCGUUUCCAGCCAACACCCUCUGUGAAGCAAGAUAUAUUGGCUGGCUCUAUUAAUACAACAACAUCACAUGGAGAUAAUACAUUACUGGAUGGACUCUCUGACGUGAGCUUCAGUGCCACAGAACGCUCUUUGGGAUCCACUGAUACCGAACAACCUCGCUUGGACACAGCAUCAUUACCUUCACCCCACAGAGAUCCUCAAACACCCUCCGCAGAGACCAGUUCUUUCACAUCCGAGUCUACUCACUCUUCUAGCCAGCCAUACCUCAUGACACCAGAAUCCCUCAUGAACAGCUCCCGCUCACCCACCAAGACUACCACGCCCCAGAACCUGCUCCGAGACAGCACCACCAGCUCAAGUAGCAGUUUCACCCACAUCACGGGCACCAAUGUCUCGGUGGAUGAUCUGUUGAGCUCCUGCGGGACUUCUGAAAUGAACACUCUUGCUGCCACACCGGACAGCUCUGUGACGCUCACUCCGACGCCAACUGCUUCAAAUUAUGUAUCUCCCCUGGUGGGAAAGCCAUCGCCUGUUGGAAGUGGCCACAUGCCAAAGACAUAUGAACAGAUCAAAGAGGAUGAGGAUGAGGGACCAAAGUCACCACCCCCAUCACCUGUAGGAGGCGACAUCCAGGAUCUUCAGGGUGACCAGUUACUGGAGUCGUCGGAAAACGUCGCUGAGCUGCUGAAGAAGAGUGCCAGGAUCAAGGAGAAACGCAUCUCGGACUCGAGCGCAGAAGUGGCUCAGAUCCUUGGUACGAACGUUGAAGAGGAAGAGGCAGAGGAUGAGGAAUUAGAGGAUGAUGUGAUUGAACAAGAGGGGAAUGAUGAAGAAGAAGAUAAUGGACAAAGUUCACCUGUUACCAUGGAUAAAGGGAAAGUGGAUGUUGAUGAUGGUAAAGAGGAGAACCAAGGUGUUGUGGCACAAGAAACAAAUACACCAGAUGAAAUUAAUACUGAAGGAAUUGUACAGUCUUCAAGAACUGAUGAUGAUGAUGAUGGGUCACAAGCCUCAGCAGCUCACGGUGAGGUGAGAGACGAGAGGGGUAGCAUCCAGUUACUUGGAGAACCUGUUGUUCAACAACUGCAAAAUCAUGCUUUAAGAAGUGAUGAUAAUGUCCAUCAGAGUGAAUACAGUCAGCCACAACACAGCAUUGAUCAAGGGAAAUACCAACAGGAUAUUGGACAGAUCAUGAUUAACUUAGAGCAGAUGAUGUCACUGCUGCAGACCCAGCAGCAAGAGAUCAAGCAUCUAAGACAGGAAAUGAACAAAGCUCAGCUGAGUAACAGUAUCAUACAAUCUACCAAGGCUAGGAUAGACAAACUUGAGAAGGGGUUGGGCACCAAGCUUGAUACCAUUUUCACCAAGCAAUCAGAACAAGAACGCCAAAGACUCAGCCUUGCUCUGCAGGAGAAGACCAAUCUUGAUAAGCAGAAGCAGGAACGUCUCCUAGAGACAGUCACCCAGACCCUCAAGCAACAGGUCACCAGUAGACUCGACAAGACAGUCCGUACAGAGAUUGAGGCCAAGGUCGUGCCAGAGCUAACUAGAGUACUUGUUCCGGUCACUGAACAGCUGAAUACGAGUAUAGGCCAGAAACUGACUGCUACUGACCAGCUCAUGAAGGAGAAUAUUCAAAAACUUGUCAAGUCAAAGGGCGUUGCAGAUACCAUGGGACAGGCUGCAGCGAACACCCUUUCAACCACCAUUCAGAACACCUACCGAGAAGCUUUCCACAGUACUGUCGUUCCUGCCUUUGAGAGGGCGUGUUCAUCCAUGUUUGAACAGAUUAAUACCAGUUUUGAUGCAGGCACAAGAGAAUAUGUGAAUCAGCUUGAAGCAAAUCUGGCCAAGACGAAGCAGAAACAGAGGGAGGGACAGGAGCCCAUCAUGAAGGAACUGAAAUCAAUGGUUGAAACACAAAGGACAAGCAUGGAUGAACUCAAAGCAUCCAUCUUCCAGAAUGUACAGGGAGAGAUCUCUGAACAGCUGCAUACAACCACAGAAAAGUUAAAGAGAGACGUGCUGGACAAGGUUCAGGUGAUCGUCCAGGAGGAGAUCGGGACGGCGCUCAAGGCUCAUCAGGCAACCCUCCAGCAGGAUAUGAUGGCUGCUAUCAGGUCGCAGGCAGCCACACCCAUACCGCAGGCACAGGACAUACAACACAUACAGGCCAAGAUUAAACAGUUGAUAGAACAGAAGCUUAUCAAUGCAGCUUUCCAACAUGCUCUGAACGCAUCAGACCUUCGAGUGGUGGUGUUCACGUGUAACGAAGUGACCCCUGACACUAUCUUCACUGACGGAUGUCUGCUGGAGCAGCCUGUGCUUCUUUCUCUCAUCCAACAGCUUUCUCAGGACUUGGGAUCACAGACCAAGAUCAAGUGCACAUACAUUGAUGAGGCAUUGCUUGCCGUAGACACCACCUUCCCAGUAACAAGAGAACAUCUAUCUGGUAUCAUCACGGAACUCUGUCGUCAGAUCACCAUGGUCCUACAGACACAACCAAACCAUCCCCAGACUAAGCAGCUCAAGAGGGUCCUCAUGCAGGCCCAGUCCCUCAAAUAGGAUGUAAAAAUGUUACUUCCCUUGAAUUAGAAGUUGAGACAAAGUCGUGCAACCCUGCUAUAACUAUUGAUUUUGAAAUGGAGUCCUGUGAUAUGUGCUAUCCACAGACAAAAAUUGUUUUAACACACCAAUACAUCAAAACAUAAAAGAUGAAAAUUAGAUUGCAAAAGAUAUGUGAUGCUAUUUCUGUAAUGCACAUUUUCCUCUCGGUAUCUGGUAUAUUGCAAGUGGCUUUAUAUUUUGGACAGACAACACUAACAAUCACACAUAUUUACCUGAUGCAUGCAUCUAAUAUGUAUUUUUUUUUUUUUUAAGACUAAUCAUUUAGUUCCAUGCUUAUUUUCUUUUUUAUCAAAACUGUCACUAAUCUUUCUUGUUAUUAAGGAGACUGAAACCCUUGUAUCAAGUUAGCUUGUAUGAAAACAGAAAAUCAAAGAAUAAGAUGAAUGAAAGUUUGAGAACAAUAGGACAAACAAUAAAAAAAGUUAUGAGCAUUUGAAUGUCAAAAUCAUGACUGCUAUGGAGAUCCUCCCAUUGGCAUUGCAACCAAGAUUUGUGAUGUCACCCCCUUUUAACACUGAUAAUAUACCUCCAACAGACAAUUUGCUCAUUCUUAUGAUAGUACAAACCCCUUUUUCAAUGAUUUCAUUGAAUCUCUGUAACAUCAUCUGUGAAAAAAAAAAAAGUAACCUGUGAUCUGUGGAUACAUUUCAUAUAUGUUGCAAUUUUAAUUAAAAUAUGUAGAAAAGAAAUUGGGAAUUUGUACAACAAAUUGAAUAUAACUCACAUUGGUCACGUUGCCCUUGGGAGGAUGUCAACAUCAUUAGUGAUGUCAACAUUUAAAAUCUUAUAACUUUCUUAUUGUUUGUUCAAUUUUUCUCAAACUUUCAUUGAUUUGUUUCUUUACUUUUUUUUCUUCACACAAACUAAUUUGUUCCCAGGGUUUCAUUCUCCUAUAAUGAAGUGUAAGGGAGACAAUGCUAUUGGAGUGAGGUAUGAUUUAUUUUUAUCACGAUCCUAUCUGCAUUUGGGCAAUUUCAUGUAAUACACAUAUGAUCCCUAUAUGCAGAACAGUACUGCAUUGUUUCAUCUCCACUUGUCAUAUGAAUAGGUUUCAUGCUCUUGAACUAUCAUGGCUUGACCAGUUCAUGAAAUAAGUAGAUAUUGAGGAAAGUGGGGGUUGAAAAGUAUAAAAACAGGUUCACUAUUUUAGAGAAUUGCCCGUAUGCUUUGCUUCUGGCUGGCACAUGAUACAAAUGUGCCGUCAUCAUUUAUCAAGGCAUUGUUGCCAUGCAUUCACAUAGCACUUGAUAGAUCAUGAAAUGGUAUAUGGCAGUGUGCUUUAGUUUUUAUUCAUGCACUUACAAGCAAAAAAUAUAUAUUUUAAAGCAUUUUUUUUAACACCCUUAAGUAUUUUUAUCUAUUUUUUUUUUAUUCUUUUUUAUUAUCGGGGCCCAUAUUCAUGAAGCUAAAUAAGUCUAAUCACACCUAGUCGCAUAGGCUACAGUACACAAGCAGGUGAUUACUAGACUCAAUGGCCCGAAUUCACAACGGUGGUUUUGAAAACCCACGGUUGAGUCCAUGGUUUAUGCAGAUUUCCUGUAUAAAUUACGCUUAUUUUACCGCGUAUAUUAAAAAUGUCCAAUGCUGUUGCGCGCUUUUGUCACAGUGCGCCAAAUUGACGCCUGUUGCCGUGGUUAUCCACGCUAUUUUAUUCAUGAGUCCACUAUUUGAAGAGUGGACUCAUUACUCAAAACAGUGGACUAAUGUAUAAAAUAGCGUAUCUAACCAUGGUAACAGGCGUCAAUUUGGCACACUGUGACAAAAACGCGCAUCAGCAUGGGGUUUUCAAAACCACAUUUGUGAAUUCGAGCCAUUAAGGUCUAAUGGAUAUGGAGGGCGUGGGGGCCCGUAACACAAAUCAUUGUAGAAGAAUAUUCUUAUGAUUGAUUCCAUUGACUACAAGGUACAAUCAAUCAUGAAAAUCAAGCGUAUGAUCAAUCACUGUUACUAGACCCUGUUCUUUUAUUAUUCAUUAUGCUGUGAAGUGCCUUAUCAAGUACAGUAGCAAAACAGCUCGUCUAAAUACAGUCAUCAACCUGUAAGGCCCUUGAUUGUGAUUUGUGAAAGAAGUUCUAUGAUUUCGGCCAUUACCCACAAUGCAUUUCCAUAUCGAUCUAUACUAUUGGAAACUAUAAAUCAUAGAAUUGAAGGUUUUUUGUGAAAAAAUUAAGAUUUCAUGCAAAUAGGUUACAAAUUUGAUAUCUUGGAUGUAUGCUGAUAAGCUGCCAAUAUUCCGUACAUUUUGUUUGGGCUUGGUAUUUUGGAUGAACAGAGUCAGAGAAAUGAAAUCAUAUUUUUUCUCUUGCUCAUUCUCUUUUCAGAGCUUAUCAGAGGUUUUCUCGUUCUCAAAAAAAAAUCUUGAUAGCAUGAUUGUUUUUCAAGAAAAUUAAUACUAUGUGAUAGAAAUCAUGGCAAUAUAUAUAUACUUUUAAAGCUGUUACAUGAUGCAGUAGAUAACAAUAUAUAUUGUAUGUGCACUGCUCCAUUCAAAAAGCAGGCAUAUGUAUGAAAAACUUAAAACUGAUAGUUGGCAUCUGGCCUGCUCAUUCUUAUAUAAGGUAUUCUUGAAUACAAUCUCAUGGUAUGUUUUGAUUAAAUGUAAAUUACCUUUGUUUUAUUUGAUAGUUGAGAUCAGUGAAUUACAAAUUCAGUGUUUUUAAUUAACCGUGGGUUAACAUUUACCAGUACAUUACGUCCCACGGAAAGUGUGCAAGCUGUAUCAUUUUAACUUCAGUUAAAUCCAGUGACCGUUGUAAUAAUAUAUCUGUAAAGCACUUUAGAGACGGUCAUAGUUCGGAUAAAGUGUUUAGUAUGAGCAGAAUAUUAUUAUCAUUAUAUUGUUUAGUUGUUUCAGAAAUACACGUUUGGUUAUUGCUGAUACAAGUUAUGUUAAGUUGUUCAGGCCAAGCUCUGAUGUAAUGACUUGACACUUGAUUGUUCAUUGCUAAACUUGUGUUCUUUUUUAAUAAACAUGUUUAUAUUGAGAAUAUUA